UUGGGAUGAUAGAAGAAUCUGGACUUGUUUGUUUUCUGGGAGUUGUGUGAUUGGAUGAAUAGUUAUAAUGCUUGUGCAAUCUCGGGAAUGUGAAAUUUUUUAAUAUUGUUUGAUUCAUGUAAGAUUGAUGUUGGUAAUGAAAUGUGAAGAUUUGGAUUUGGAUACAGAGAGAAAGAUUGAGAUUUUGGCCAAUGAAGGACCGAAAGUGGGUGAAUUGAUUGUUCGGGGCUUCGGUUGUGAGGGAAAAUGGAGUUUUUUAUGAAGAAAGCUUCCACAGCUGAGUUGGAUGCUUUCUAUCCAGUUAGAGAGGAAUGCCGAGUUGAAGUCCCCAAGACCCGAUUUAGGCUGAGGGCUGGGAAAACUCUUAGUGCAAGAAGAUGGCAUGCUGCCUUCUCUGAAGAUGGUCAUUUGGAUAUAGCGUCAGUGCUUAGACGAAUCCAACGAGGGGGCAUCCAUCCUGCAAUUAAAGGUGUAGUCUGGGAAUUCUUGUUAGGUUGUUUUGAUCCAAAUAGCACCUUUGAUGAACGGAAUGAUCUCAGGCAGCAGCGAAGGGAGAUGUAUGUCAGAUUGAAAGCUGAAUGCAAUAAGAUGGUUCCAGUUAUUGGUAGUGGAAAAUUUAUUACAACACCGCUGGUCACGGAUGAUGGCGAUCCGAUAGAUGGAGCACCAAAUGGAGCAAGGCAUGAUGUUUCAGACAAGAAAGUGAUUCAGUGGAAGCUUUUCUUGCAUCAAAUUGGUUUGGACGUUGUUCGCACUGAUCGGACACUUGUAUUUUAUGAGAGUGAAACUAAUCAGGCAAAACUUUGGGAAAUUCUUUCAGUUUAUGCUUGGAUGGACAAUGACAUUGGUUAUGUUCAAGGAAUGAAUGAUAUAUGCUCGCCAAUUGUCAUUCUUAUUGAAAAUCACGCAGAUGCAUUUUGGUGUUUCGAACGUGCAAUGCGAAAGCUGAGAGAAAAUUUUAGGUGCACUUCUACUUCGAUGGGGGUGCAAUCUCAGCUGGCUACGCUCUCCCAAGUAAUCAGAACUAUUGAUCCUAAACUUCAUCAACACCUCGAGGAGCUGGAUGGUGGGGAGUAUUUAUUUGCAUUCCGCAUGCUGAUGGUACUGUUCCGAAGAGAGUUUUCCUUUGUGGAUUCACUGUAUCUUUGGGAGGUGAGGAGGAAACUGGACUUAUAUUUCCAUCCAGAUUGGUUUCAGCUGAUGUGGGCCAUGGAAUACAACCCAAACAUAUUCUCAUCUUACGAAACAUCAAGCGCUGGUACUACACCACCUAAUGCAAGUGACAAAGAACUAAAGGCAUUUGGCAAGUUUGAGAGAAAUAAUGUCAAAACUGGAUACGCAGAACAACAUGGUGCACUUUCUGUAUUUCUUGUUGCCAGUGUUCUUGAGACCAAAAACAAGCUACUUUUAAAAAAUGCCAAGGGUCUGGACGAUGUUGUCAAUAUCUUAGGCGACAUAACAGGGAAUCUGGAUGCUAGAAAGGCAUGUAAUGAGGCAUUGAAGAUUCACAAAAAGUACCUGAAGUUGCACUUGCAGAAUGUGAAGUCGUAAACUUUAUCCUUGGACAGCAGCUCUGUUUACCCAAAUUUUGCAGCCAGGGCCAGGUGAUGAAGACUUCGGCAACAUCCUGCUACAUACUGUGUACUGCCAUAUUUUCUUUGUAGUUAACUCUUGACUAUUCUCUACCUCUCCUAAAAAAAGAAAGAACAAAAGAACAGUAAAACAGUGUAAUUUUUGGGCUACGGCCCCCAUAUACUUGACGAAAACCACAGAUGAAGCGUGCGCCA